AGUGUUUCUCUCCUCCUCCUCCUCCUCCUCCUCCGUCUCUGCACUCUGUCGGAGAAUAUGACAUCUGUGAGAGUUGCAGGACAGGCCCUUCUUCAAUGCGGGUCAUUGUUCAGCACGUCAUCUGUCUUCUUUUCACGGCGCGCGGCCUGAUUGCGCUCGAGGAGGAGUUUUGAGAGCGUGCAGGGAAACGUGAGGAGGACCCCUCAAACAAACGGCUCCAACUUAGACUCCCAAACAGACCCCGGGACUGAGAACCUGCUCUCUGAUGACGACCAGAUGAGACCCGAGGAAAUGCCAGAAGCUCGGGGCUCUCUGGAAACCUGCCAUGUGACAUUUGGCUGCCGGCGCUCCGUCAGAAGGUCAAAGGGGCCGCACCACGUUUCAUGGAGAUGCAGAGACACUGCACUGAAAACCUGCAGCAAAUUCAGCACCACGACUUCUUCAGCGAGGCGUUGGAGGAUGUCGGCGGGUUGGGGUGUGAUCGCCAGGCGGCUGCAGAGACGUUCGAGCGCUCGUUCACCCGGAGAGCCAAACAGCAAAAGUUCCCCAUGAGCAAAAAGGUUUUCCCCUGGAUGAAAGAGUCCAGACACUCAGAUCAGAAACACGGCAGGAGAAUCUCAGACUGCACAGUCAACGAGAAGUGUCCGAGCGCGAGCCCGGCCUCCAAGAGGUCACGCACAGCGUACACGAGCGCGCAGCUGGUGGAGCUGGAGAAGGAGUUCCACUUCAGCCGCUACCUGUGCAGGCCGCGGCGCGUCGAGAUGGCCAGCCUGCUCAACCUGCAGGAGAGGCAGAUCAAGAUCUGGUUCCAGAACCGGAGGAUGAAGCAGAAGAAGGACGAGAGAGUGCAGGGCCUCAACACCACCACCACCUCCUCCUCCCCACCGUCCUCCCCCUCCGCCCCGGGCAGCCCCACUCUGUCGAGCCUGGGUUAUGUCCAUCUGGGCGGGGAUUACCAGCCGGCCUCCCCUCCGCUCAAGUCCCAACAGCACCAUCAGUCCCAGCCGGCGUACCCUGAAGAAUUCUCCAAAUACGCAGCUCCAGGCUUCACGCAGUUUCCCGCGCAGUACAACACGCACAUUAACUCCCACACAACAGACCCAAACGUGGAUGUAAGCGGGUCAUAUUUCACACAGAGCUGCACUCAGGACAGAAUCAUGCAGGCUCCAAAACUGACCCAUCUGUAGCGCUCAAGAUUCCUGCAAAAAAAAAAAGUACAUUUAAAUCACGAGCCAAGACUUCACCGACCUGCUGUGAUGCAUGCUUUCUUUUAUUUAUUUAUUUGACUAAUUAAUCCAAGUGUUAGUCUCAAGUCAUGGCUAUUUAUUUGUAUUUAUAUUUAUUCAUCUGUGCCUCUACUUGAACGCAUGGGCCUCCUCUCGUUUGCAGACACGUUAGAACACGUUUGAAUGUAGCCCCUGAUGUGUAUUUUCAAUUACAAUGUGAGCUGCUGUUAUUUCAGCUACAUAAAUAAAAACACAAUUUGUUGACAC